GCGAGUUAGGGUUAGGCAGCGCGUUCACAUCGCCUCGUCGUCCUCCCUUCGCAACGCCUUCCUACACGGGGGGACGGGGAUGGAGAGGGAGUCUGAUUGCGUGGCUUCUGUUUGUCCCUGGCUAUGGCUGAGGUCGUCUGAUACUGGACGAGCGACAGAGUCACAUUCAGACAGAAUGAGAGAGUGAGAGAAUGGGAGAAUGCCAUGGCCGGAUCGGUAUCUGAUAGCCAAGUCGCGAUGGAGGCUUCUUCUUCCCGAGCCUUUGUUCAUGGUGGUUGUAGCAGCAAGUGUUUGUAGGGAGGUGGCGAUGACGGUGUGCUGGUGGGGGCGAAGUAAGGGGGAGAGGUCUUGUGGCGGAUUGGAUUGGAAUGGAAUGAAAUGGAGCACUAGGUUGGCCAAUUGAAAGGAUAGAGGUCUGAAAGACAAGCCGCUAUGGGAAUCGGCUGCUGCGGAGAGUAGACAGAGGAGGAGGAGGAGGUCGAUAGCUUCUAGCGGUUGCGGUGUGAACGGAUGAUUGAAAGCAUGUGUUACAAAAGAAUGAAUUAGAUGGAACAUCUGCACGAGUUUCUUCAGAAAGUCUCUUCUCCUUUGGAAUCAGGCGGGAGCGUCGACAAGUACCUUGCGCAUGUAGUACAGCUGUACAAUUUUCUUGAGGCCGCGGGAUGGAAGUAGCGUAUACAGGACUAGUUUCAAGGGUUGGGUGGUAAUUUUAGCCGGUGAUUGGAAUCUUCGGCGCCGUCCAAUGGGGCCGUUUGGGAGAUUGGCGGUUGGUUCAAUCGCUAGUCAGGAUGAUGGAAAGAACAAAGAUGCCAUUUGUAAGGAAGGGAAUAGGAGCAAGAAACAAGCCGACGAGACCAAGGUAUGCAUGGAAGCAGAACAGCAUGUUAUUGUGAAAGCUUUGAAGAAGGAUACGGGCGAGAAACGGAACUCGUCGAGGCUAUUUAGCUGGAACAAAAAUGACUCUUCCAGCAAAGGAAAUGCUGAAAAGGUCGAGAGGGGUAGGCGUUUAUCAUCUCCAGGGAAGGUUCAGACCACCUCAAAUGAUCUCAAGCCUGAGUCAUCCUCCUUUCUGAGCAGUGAAUUUGGUUUCGCGUUGGGCCUUACUAAAAUCAAGACGCGGUCUGGACCUCUGUACACCUCCAGCACUCGUUCUGGUCCGGUCUUUGCAGGUACCCUUCAGAGCCGAUUCAUCAUCGGAAAUGAAAAAAGGGAGAAUGUCUCCGUGAAAAGCAACUCAAAGCAUGGUAGCUCAUCUCGGUCUCCGAUUGUUCGAAAACCUGCGAAAGCUGCUAAAAUUCAUGCACGUGACUCUGUCUCACCCAAGGACUCUUUCACAGAAAAUGGUAGCAAUUGUAGAAUCCGAAGAUGUUCGGAAGCGGAGUCGAGAGAAAUAACGUCCAGCGGCAACACAGAAGAGACUUCUGGGUCCUCGUUCCUUUCGGUUUCAAAAUUGGACUUGGGAAGUGAAAAAAUUCCAGAGAGAAGCUUGUUGGCAACAAGUCAAAUAUCCGAAGAUAUGUUGUUGAGUGGAAGUACGAGGAAUGAAAAAGCCUUAAUUGGCCAGGUCUCGCAGCCAGGGUCAGCUAGUAGUUGGGUAGAUGUCGAUAGCAAUUUCGACUCCGGCUCAAGUGGAGGGCUUUCUAUGUUAGAAAGCCUUGUAGGGUUUCAGCAUGCUCGAAGCGUCCCUGCGGAUAGGUUGUCGCUUCUUCAAGAGCCUUUUGUUGAUAAAUUACGAUCUCAUGGGCACUCUGAAAUCGACGGAGAGGCGACGAGAUGUUUUGAUAUAGCAAUGCAAGAGAGUGAGAGUCCGUUGAGUCAGCCCGACAUUCCGAAGGAGAUCGAGUCACCCAGAUUCCAAGCGCUUCUGCGUAUGACUGCCGGCCCUCGAAAAGGAAAAUCAACCGACAUCAAGAGCUUCUCGCAUGAACUCGAUCCUCGCGGUGUGAGAUCUUAUGAAUUUCUGCGGCCUCGUGACCUUCUUGACUUGGAGGAGGUUAUGGCAGCUCUUGGGGCACGCUUUCAUACAGCUAAGGAUGAAGUAAAUGCGGAACUGGCAGUUUUUGCUGGCGACCUGGUGGGAGUACUUGAAGAUACCACUGAUAUGGAUCCUUAUCAUCAAGAGAGGAUAGAAGAUUUGCUAAUUCUGGCUCGUGACUGUGCCUUUAUGGAUCCUCAAGUGUUUCGGAAGGAAUGUGAAGCAAUUGUGCAGGAUUUGGAUGACAAACGACAAGAACUUCCUAUGGGCGUCCUGAAAAGGCUACAUACGCGGAUGCUUUUCAUACUCACUCGUUGUACACGUCUCCUUCAGUUUGAAAAGGAGAACGGUUUAGAUGAGGUUGAGCUUCACAGACUACAGCAGCAGGCAAAAACUGGCUCCUGCAUAGAAAGCUGGAAAAAAAUUAUAAGUUGGAAUGAGAAAGGAAAAGCACUUCUGAAGGUAGUCAGACCUCAAAGGCUCAGCUUAUCUUCGAAGCCUCAGGAAAAAUCGUCCAAAAGAGUCAGCGACGAAGUUUCGAUUUCAGGAACUCCCACUUUUUCAGGUAUUACAGAGCAGGCUGUAGAAUCAGAUAAAGAAUCCAUUUCAAAAGCAUCAGGUGGUUCUGUAAGUCCAAUUCAUUCUGUCGUGGCUGACCGGCAAACAAGUUGGAAACAUUUCUCUGUUGCUCCACCAAACGAACUGAAAUCGCAUGGGGGAGAAUCGGAUGUUGAGACUGAAAUGGGUUCAGUUGUAUAUAUAACACCGGAAAGCUCGCAGUUAUGUGCUGAUGGAGGAAUGGUAAUCAGCAGAACAUCAGAGGAGGUCCAACGAAUACCUUCCUCAAAGAGACACCAACGAGUUGCAUGGGGUCAUUGGACGGAUCAGCCAGAGGUUUUAGAUGACAACCUAGAUUUCAUUUGCAGGAUUUGUGAAGAUGAGGUUGCGACGUCAUGUUUGGAGGACCAUUCUAGAAUCUGUGCCUUGGCUGACAGAUGUGAUCAGCAAGGGCUUGAUGUUGAUGACCGUCUACGAAGAAUAGCAGAAACACUAGAGAGAAUGGCUGAAUCUCUCACACCCAAAAGCUUCAGCUUGGCUGCUGGUGGUAGUCCUGACACUGCGAAAACGUCUGGCUCCAAUAACGGGGGCUGUAGCUCAGAUGGAGCCUUGUCGGAAAGAUGCAUAACGUAUCCCACGUUUACCGAUAAAGUUUGGGGUGAACUUUUAAGGAAAGGAUCCGAAGAAUUGUUGGAAGAUACUUAUGAGAUCGAUGCUGCCAGCAUGGGCGAUGAUAAUAAAAAAGCCAAUUCAGUUACUUGUAAGACACGGUUCGGUCCUAAAAUCGAACAAUCAUCUGUUCCAACUUCAUCUCCUGGAAGUGCGCUCGCUCCAGCCUCAUCCGCUGGAAGUCUGACUCCUCGCUCUCCACUUGCCACACCUCGCAUAAGCCAGAUUGACGUAUUACUUUCAGAUCGAAACGGCUUCAACGAGAUUGAUGAUGCCUUACAGAUAAACGAGAUUGCAGAUAUAGCUAGAUGCAUUGCCGGUGCUUCGCCAGAUGAAGAUGGUACUGAGUAUUUGCUGUCAUGCUUGGAAGACGUGCAAGACAUCUUACGGUACAACAAGGUGGAAGCAUUAACUGUCGCUACUUUUGGCAAGCGAAUAGAGAAGCUGUGCAUGGAGAAAUAUCAUAAGUUCCUUGAAAUCUUAGACCCGAAUGGUGUGGAGGUUGCAAGCAGUGUAGGAGAUGAUGAGCUCUUGGAAGACGACACUUUUCAUAGUUACAAGUCUACUCCUGUACACCCUUCGUAUAAGGAUCGCACCACGAUAGAUGAUUUCGAAAUCAUAAAACCUAUCAGCAGGGGUGCAUUUGGACGGGUUUUUCUGGCCAGGAAACGCACAACUGGGGAUCUUUUUGCUAUCAAGGUUCUUAAGAAAGCAGACAUGAUCCGUAAAAAUGCCGUUGAAAGCGUUAAAGCGGAGCGUAACAUCCUAAUUUCUGCUCGCAAUCCUUUUGUGGUUCGAUUCUUUUAUUCCUUCACAUGUGCAGAGAACCUGUACCUGGUGAUGGAAUAUUUGAAUGGUGGGGAUAUGUACUCCUUGUUGCGAACCCUUGGAUGUCUUGAUGAAGCUUUGGCACGUGUGUAUAUAGCCGAAUUGGUGUUAGCAUUGGAAUGUUUGCAUUCCUUGGGAGUUGUUCACCGAGAUCUCAAACCAGACAACAUUUUGAUUGCUCAUGACGGGCACAUUAAGCUCACAGAUUUUGGUCUUUCGAGAGUAGGCCUUAUCAACAGUACAGACGAUUUAUCAGGCCCUGCUGCAACUGGGACUAUGGUUAUGGAGGAGUCUACGAAAAACCAAUGUGCUUCUCCUAAACACGAGCAUCAGAGAAAGAUUCGACAGCAGCGCUCGGCUGUGGGAACCCCUGACUACCUAGCUCCAGAGAUUUUGCUUGGGACCUCCCAUGGUCCUGCUGCUGAUUGGUGGUCUACCGGAGUAAUUCUUUUUGAAUUUCUAACUGGCAUUCCUCCAUUCAACGCUGAGCAUCCUCAGGUCGUUUUUGACAACAUCCUGAACCGACAUAUCCCAUGGCCUGCAGUCCCAGAGUAUAUGUCCUAUGAGGCCCAAGAUUUGAUCGACAGACUGCUGACUGAGGACCCCACUGAACGCCUGGGCGCCAAUGGAGCUGCAGAGGUGAAAGCUCAUCCAUUCUUCAAAGACAUAAACUGGGAGACGCUUGCCAGACAGAAGGCUGCAUUUAUUCCAAGCCCUGACGGUGCGCAUGAUACCAGCUAUUUUUCAUCUCGCUAUGCGUGGAAUUCAAAUGAGGGCAAUUUUGACACUGAGCACUUUGACGAAAGUGAUGAUGAAAGCACUUGCAGCGGCAGCACAAGUGAUUCGGGUGAUGGGCCUGAUGAAGCGACUGAUGAAUUUGGGGAUAUGGCUGAGUUUGAAAAUUCGUCCUCCUGUAAAUACACCUUUAGCAACUUCUCUUUUAAGAACUUAUCUCAACUGGCAUCUAUUAAUUAUGAUCUUCUUCAACAAUCGGAAAGGCGGGAUUCACCGCAGGGUCCCAGCUGACGUAAAAGAUGGAAAAGAAUACUCAUUUCAUGAGUAUUUGAAGGUCCUUCGUUAUCUGGGAGUUCUGGAAGGUGAUCCAUUACGGUUCCAGUGAGUUUUGACGAUCAGAAGUAUGUUCCUGUAUAUAGUUACUGCUCCAAAAAGUUCCUUGUACCAUGCCAUGUUCCAUAUUUGGUCGAAGUAGUGUCAACUUGAAUUUGCCGCUGCAAGUUCUUCAAUUUUGCUCUGUAGUCAAGCCCCAUCAUAUUCUGGGAUAAGGUGCUCCUUGGAAUAGCUUUUCUUGGAAAGAGACUGAUGUACAUCACGAGAAAGGAUCAUGCUGUCGGUUUUGGUUGAGCCGACUGACAUGGCGUACAAUAGAAACAUUCCAUAACUGUAAAGUACUAGUUGGAGGGAUUAGUGUUUCUAUUAUUUUUUCUGGAACCCGUGAUGUUUUCAUUUAUCGCGCUUCCCGCCGUGGUUUCUUCUUCAACGGCCUAGAUUUCUAUUA